GAGGCGCGCUCGGAGAGCAGGAGCACAGUCGCACAUGGUCCACCGCCUGGUGCGCAACAUACCCCGGUCACGUUUGGGAAUCUUUUGUAGAUAAGAGAUUCCAAUUUGUGUUGAUCAUUCCUCUCAUCUCAUCUACCUCGCUCCUCCUUUCACCUGUAUUUUGUGAAGGUAUCGAGAACUGCUGUUGCACCUGGGACACUGCUUGGGAGGAGGGCUGCACGACUGUAUUCCAUUUUUUUUGUACUUAAAGUUCAUUUUGGCUGCUUGAGAUACUGCGUAAAUCAGCAGCGACAUGACAGCUGAGAAGAGCGGGCCGGUGAUAAAUGGUAAACCGGAGGACAGUAGAGACACGGAGGGGUCCAGCUCCAGUCUGGACAACAGGGAGUACUACGAGAGAGGCCAGUGGAACAACAAGAUAGAGUUUGUGCUGUCGGUGGCUGGAGAGAUCAUUGGGCUUGGCAACGUCUGGAGGUUUCCCUACCUCUGCUACAAGAAUGGAGGAGGUGCUUUCUUCGUUCCAUAUGUCAUCUUCUUCGUGUGCUGUGGUAUCCCUGUCUUUUUCCUGGAGACUGCCCUGGGCCAAUUUACCAGCGAGGGAGGCAUUACCUGCUGGAGGAAAGUCUGCCCCUUGUUUGAAGGCAUCGGCUAUGCGACUCAGGUGAUCGAAGCUCAUCUAAACGUCUACUAUGUAGUCAUCCUCGCCUGGGCCAUCUUCUACCUCUUUAACUGCUUCACCACAGAGCUGCCGUGGGCUGGCUGUGGCCACUAUUGGAAUACAGAGAACUGUGUGGACUACUAUGGAGAGAACGCCACCAACAUUACAAACCCCAACGCAACGUCUCCUGUUAUUGAAUUUUGGGAACGGCGAGUACUGAAGAUAUCAGAUGGUAUCGAACACAUGGGGGGGAUGCGCUGGGAGCUGGCCAUGUGUUUGGCCCUGGCCUGGUUUAUCUGCUACUUCUGCAUCUGGAAGGGACCCAAGUCAACCGGCAAGGUUGUGUACGUGACGGCCACAUUCCCAUACUUCAUGUUGCUGAUUCUGCUGAUCAGAGGAGUAACACUGCCAGGAGCUUACGAUGGCAUCAAGUUUUACCUCUACCCAGACAUCUCCCGUCUCUCCGACCCUCAGGUAUGGGUGGAUGCAGGAACCCAGAUCUUCUUCUCCUAUGCCAUCUGCUUGGGCUGUCUCACUGCUCUUGGUAGUUAUAACGCCUACAACAACAACUGCUAUAGGGACUGCAUCAUGCUGUGCUGUUUGAACAGUGGCACCAGCUUUGUGGCAGGUUUCGCUAUUUUCUCAGUGCUGGGAUUCAUGGCCUACGAACAGAAUGUUCCCAUCGAGGCCGUGGCAGAAUCUGGUCCUGGUCUUGCAUUCAUCGCAUACCCAAAAGCUGUCACUAUGAUGCCUCUCUCUCCACUUUGGGCCUGUCUCUUCUUCAUGAUGCUCAUCUUUCUCGGACUGGACAGCCAGUUUGUGUGUGUGGAAAGCUUAGUGACAGCCGUGGUGGACAUGUACCCAGAAACCUUCAGGAGAGGCUACCGCAGAGAACUGCUGAUUCUCGGCAUGUCUAUCGCCUCUUUCCUCAUAGGACUCAUCAUGUGUACAGAGGGAGGGAUGUACGUCUUUCAGCUGUUUGACUCGUACGCUGCCAGCGGCAUGUGCUUGCUGUUUGUGGCCAUCUUUGAGUCCAUAUGUAUCGGAUGGGUGUAUGGCAGCGACAGAUUCUACUUAAAUAUUGAAGACAUGAUUGGCUACAAGCCUGUCUUCUUCAUCAAAUGGUGCUGGAUGAUCUUGACCCCGGGCAUCUGUGCUGGUAUUUUCCUGUUCUUCCUAAUCAAAUACAAGCCAUUGAAGUACAACAACGUGUACACCUACCCUGAGUGGGGCUAUGGUAUUGGCUGGUUCAUGGCCAUGUCCUCUAUGGUGUGCAUCCCUCUGGGGAUAAUCUGGAUGAUCUGGAAGACUCCCGGCACCUUCUCUGAGAGAAUGAAGAAGUUGACGACACCCAGCCCGGAUCUGAAAAUGCGAGGGAAGCUCGCCGCUCUCAGUCCGUAUGCCGUCAAUGACGCUAAACUUAAGGUUGACGGGAAAAUAUCCACCGUCUCGGAGAAGGAAACGCAUUUCUAAUUGACUUGUCUGACUGGUCGUGACGUCUGCCUCAAUUCUAUUUUCAACCCUUAAAAAAGUGACAAACCUGCCAUUACUGAAAUAAGAAAUAAGAAAUUCAAAGGGUUAUUUUGAUUUUGUAAAAAAAAAAAAAAAAAUAUGUACAAGUGAUCACCAGAUAUAUUUAGUCUGCUUUUGUUUUUGCACAAACUUUUUAAUAACACGUUUGUUGGGUUCUUUUUUUAACUUUGUCACUAAAGCAGACUAUUUCUUUGCUAACCAUUUAAUAGUUAAGCCUAUUUGAUAAUGUAUGAUUAUAUCGCCAAUAGUACCCGUUCCUUGUUGGUACGGGCUACGUUAGUAUGUGUGCCUUUCACAACAAUACCAUUGUGUUGUGUUGCAAAAGGCUUAAUGGUGUACACGUCUGUGUAAAGUGGAACACCCCUCUGUUAGGUACGAGGUACCCUCAUGUCUAAACUGUAGCAGCUUGGCAUGGUGUGACAGAGCGUACGAACGUUUGUGUUCGUGCCAAGACUAUCGGAGGGCACUGAGUAUUUUCCAGCAGUAAAGUACUGCACAGUAGAGUGGAUCUUUGCAUACUCGCCGUUCAGCAUUCACAGCCCCAGUAAUAAUUUAUAAAUAUACGUGUUAAUACCAGUAAAAUGUACAGUUUACAUGUACCACUGUUAAAAAAAAGACCACCAUUUUUACAUGUCUGUAUAUUUCACUGAUAAUGUUCCAGCUCUGAGAUUUCGCACUUUGUUCAUCGGUCCUUGAACGUACCAGUUUUUUUGUCGUACACCGUGACUCCAAUACUAUCUGUUCAUGGAUCAUCUUCCAUUAUUAUUCAUUAACAAUGAGUACCUGCACUAUAAUAUAAUUUGUUUAAUAAGUGAGUGAGGCAUAUUUAGGGCUUAACCUGGAUUGUGUCACGAGUGGACAAUGGCAAUUGAAGAGAGAGUAGGAAGAGGAAGAGUGUCAAACUGAAUCUAAUCUAAUAAUUACAACAGACACUUUUAUUGCAAAUGUUGAUCCAAAAUUGGGGGAGAACGUCAAUGUCAAGCUAGCAAAAGGGUUUGAAGAGGGGGAGGAGCAGUGUCAAAAACUGAUGUUUUUAAAGGUGUAUGUAUUAUUGGCGUUUUAUUGCCAUUCGCUGGUGGUGUUGGAACGGAACAGGGAUGUUUAAUUCUAUCAUUUAAAUCUUUGAUGAUUUAAGCCACAGAAAUACUGUUUGUUGUUAAUGUUGUCUAAUUUCUAGUCAAAACAUUUGAAAUAAGGCCCAGUAACCAAAAUGGACAAAUGUAGUUUUGAUGUAAUUAGAUGAUUUCAUAAAUAAAAUGGUCUUGGAUUUAAUCAAAAUGCACAUAAUAUCCCGCUGAGAUGCUAAUUUAGAUUGAAGGGAUGGAGCCACAGAUGGCGUUUAUGUCAAAUUUGAUUCAUGAGACCUCAUCAAUGUAAUCUUAACCUUAAAGUUUUAAAUAUGAUCAUGCACGGAAUUCAGAAUGUUGGGUCAUGUGAUCAUAUUUUGACUAGAUAUUGGAUUUACAGACAUGUUACUUUUGUGUGAUUGGUGUCGUGCACUAUUUUUUUUUGCCGUUGCUUAGCAACAUGAGCAAAAAAAAACAUAUUGGAUUUAACAGAAUGAAGUUAUGAGGCUAUUGAUCGUUGCGUUACACUAUAUUGGCUCCUCAUGUGCUGAUGUGAUCCCCCUACCUCUCUUUCUGCUUGGGCGGUUCACACAGUCACAUAUGAUUGGUACAUAAAAAUAGGUUUAAAGGUUAAAAAAAAACUGUUAUGAGCAACCGGCACUCCGAGUCUUAAAGCAUAUAUUAAAAAAGACAGAACAAAAGGCCUCUCUCUGUUCUCUCAUUGCUCUCCUAUGUCUGCAUGCGUGACAUUUCCCAGUGCUGAGCCUUUCACACAGACACAAACAGACAGCCUUCGACCCCUGAACUCUUAUUUCCUGCUCCACCUUACGAGGAGGAGACGGAUACACAUGACAGGAGCCACAUUUCUCUUUGUAUCCUCCAUCUUGUCCCCUUAUUGUUUUCAUUUCUCAUCAUUAUUGCAUGGAUGCUGCAAACCUGGGAUGGGUAUUGGAGUAAAUAAGAUAGUAGAGGUGUUACAAGAUCUCGCAAAAUUAAAUCGUGAACAAAUAUGUCUCUUGGGAACUAGGCUUGGGAUAAUAAAAUAUCAUCAAAUUCAUCACAAUCCUCACCUCUCUUCUCUAAAAGGCCAGGAGGAGGGUUCACUUUGUGCAUUGGUUUCAUAGAACUGCAUGAAUGGAGUGAGCCCUUUUGUCAGUCAAUGGGCAGAGGCGGGUCUGCUAACAUACACACAGAGUCCAGCAGAGAGUAACCUAGUUGAAAUGAUAUGAAUAGGUUGCAGUUUGUCAUACAUGAUUUCAUUGUACAUUGCUUAGUUUAAAUCCUAUAUCGUUCCCAUAGACACAAUCUUGUGUAUUGUUUGAUCUCCUGAACUGGGUGUCACAUGACCCCCUUUGUGAGUACACCCCUCACAUUCCUGCAAAUAUUUUUUCAACUUUUCAUAGUACAAUCAUGUCUGAAGAAAUUACAUUUUGAUACCAUAUAAAGUAAAAUUUACUGUCCUAUCAAAAUAAGUCAAGAUACAGUACAGCCAUUAAUGUUAAUGUUAAUUCAACACAUUGUUUUUUUGAGCGUGUGCCAUGUAUGAGCAAUCAUGUCACGCCUACACUCACAUGUCACAUUAAUGACUCCAUUAACGCUAUGACUGCUAACUUUUUAUAUUUACUUACAAUCUCCCUUCUUUAGUCAACAGCACUAAUGCGCGUCAGUGUAGCAGCACAUACGUAUGAACGUCGGUAAACCUAACUCCUGGACAUUGAGUUGACAGGCUGUGCUUUUAGCUUGAUGUCUAGCGCACUCCACUCUUAAUUUGCGGACCCUUGGUUUGAACCCAGGGUGGAAAACGACUCAACAAAUUCUUGAAAACAGAAUCCACAACUAUUGAUUUUUGUGCCCAUCCCGAAUCUUAUCUAUAGUACUUACCUACACUACUCACAUUUGUAAACAUUUUUGGGUGAAUUUUAUGGUUGAAUUAGUACUUUUUGCACAACUUGGUGUUCUCCAACAAGGAACUUAACCGCUAAAUUCUCAAAGUGUUGUGAUCCAUGAACGCACCAUUAAAAUGGAAAAUGACACCUAAGCUAAAUUACCAGUACCUUACCUAUGUACCUUGUUAGAGAACAGCAAGUUUUGCAAAAAGUACUGAAAAAUUCAACAGUGAUUAAUAUGGCACACUAUCUCGAUAUUCAACCUUAUAUAUUUUUUGUUGUCGUUUUAGAAAUUAUUACAGAGUAUCUGCAGAAUCUUAAAAUCUAAUACCGAAUUAAUGUUCACUCGGCAUGUUGCCAUGUUGCUUUUAAUUUGGCACCACAGCGAGCCACUACGCGCCAAUCACGUAAUCUUUGGCACAAACUGGCACCAACUGGCACCGGCUCAGUGGACUCCUAGCAUCAUUGGCGCAACUUGGCUUGGCGCAUUACAUUCCAGUGGAUUCCAAUAGGCAAAUUGUUUGCGACAUCGGGUUCCACUUGGUGCAUACUUCGUGCUGAUUGCUUGAUGCAAAAUUUUAACAUUUUGAAAUUUUAUUGCCGUCAAACGAGCCAGUUGGGAGGCAGUUUGAGCCACUGCAUGCCACUAGGCGCCACAGCAAAUUGCAUUGGCGCGAACAGGCACCAACUGGCGCCGGCCCAGUGGACUCCUAGCAUAAAUUUAAAUGUAUUAAUAGGCUAUUUAUAGGCUAAAUUCCCUUGAAAUGUACCAAAAUGUGUUAAAAUGAGUUACAUUUAAUGUCUUUAAAUGUUUAGAUAUUUUUUUUGAGGAUACUGUAACACAGCUACUAAGUGCACAUUUUAUCGAGCACAACCACAGUCAGUGCAGUGACGUUCUGUUUUACAUGUCCUGCAAGGUGUUCCUUGUGCAGAUGGCUGACAGUCUAAAAGUUGGGCCAAAAAAACAAACAACUGCACUAGUACUAGUACUUGCAUAGUACAAAGCCAGAUAUGUAUCAUGAAAAUACAAUACACAGGGUGGCACUGCCACCUUGUUUGAAAACUGUGCCUGCUCGCUUGUCGGCAUAGCCAAUGACCAUAGUCAACCUAGCGUAACAACAAAUACACCUGCCACUUUUGUGUAUAUUUGAACUAUAAACACACAGAUGUUAAUAUCCAUUUAUUGAUAAUUCCAGCAUCGUCAUAUCGAGAUGUCCGUGUAAUCCUGUGCUAUAUAUUGCAUAUUGUAUCAUGAGGUACUCUGAGAUUGUUAAAGUAGAAACUUUCACCCAAAAACCAAACAUCCCUAACAUUUUGUGAGUAGUGUACGUUUUUAUAUCAUCUUUUUUCAGGACGAGGGGUCCUUUCACUUUUUACAGAGGUGAAAUCGCCGUCUGUCAGAGUCCUCCAUUCAGUUCAGACACAAGUCCAGAUGAGCUGGCCUCAUUGUUGAGAUCAAUCAGCAUCAUUAAGCGCAUCAUCCAAUCAGAAUCAGUGCUCAUUUCACGCCAUCCUUCCAUUCAUCCUUCCACCACUCAUUUCCUUCUCUUUCUUUCCUCUGUCCUUGUUUCCUGAUGAAAAUGCAAUCAAGAGGAGAGCAUCUGAGGGGAGGCAACUCUCUCUUUAGGUUUUUCACAAGGAGGCAAAGAAAGCCAAGGGAUACGUGAGGAGUUUGGGGAGGGAGGGUUGAGGAAGUGCAAGUGAUGAGGGGAAUGGAUGGAAGUGUUUAGCAGCCUUCUCCUGUCCAAGCUGUGACCUUCUCUUCAUAGUCCUAUUAGUCUUGUUGCUUAACACCCAUCACGUUCGUGUAUAUUUCUUCACCUUUUCUUUGCAAAUGUGUGCUCUGUAUUGCCAUGAAGAUGUUUUAACCGCUGCAGUUCAUAGGAUUGUUUGGACUUCUUUUGAUAUGCAGCGUAUUUCUUGUUAUAGAAAUAUAAUGAAAGGUGUUCUACUGUUCUGUACACUUCUACACACACUUGGUGUUCACAGGACACAUGGACUGUCUGCUUACCCAUUUUUAAGAAUAAAAUUUAUGAA